AAAAUGGACUUCCUAACAAGGCAUGUCACCUUUUUGGACCAAGUUUAAACAGAGGUCCAGGGACAUCACAGUCAUGAAUAUUAAGGAAAUAAAGUUUCCUGUGGACAACUAACCAAACCAGUUCCUGACUUGAGAAACAUCAUCUCAAAGGAGCACUUCUUCCCCACCUUCCUAAGAAGUGAAGUCUAUAGAAGCCAAUACUGCUAGAGAGUGCUUUGUAAUAACCAAAAAAGUUCCAACAGUGCUUGUGCCUUCUUUCCUGCAUCUAACUAAAUGAAGGCACUUUCUCUGUUCCCAGAACUACUUUCUUGAUGGACCUUCUCUUUGGUGUUAGAAUAUUCAUGAAAUCCUCCCCUCACCCAGUUCAGGACAUUUGAGUCUCUUGAAAAACUUGAAAAAUGGAAGCCUUAGAAGUAGAUGAUAUCAGCCCUGCCUUGGAAGUGACUGAGGAUUUCUUCAGUUGUUUUGAUAGUAAGUUAGAAAAGGUGGUCCAGCAAGCUGAGGUUUAUGGCAUUCAGGAAGUUCCUGAAUUGGUAGGGCAUGAAGUAUUCAAUAAAAUAGCGGACAGUGGUGCCAUCAGGGGUGGCACCUCCCUGGGCAAAGGCAGCAGUAUCAUUUGGGAUGGCUGUCAAAAUGGCCUCUUAGAAACCAAAGUACAAAAUGUAUUCCCUGCCAAAGAACAGUUUAUAGUCCAGAGAGGUACAGCUCCUGAUAACCUCUCCUGGAUGGAACAAAGGGAAGCUUCAACUUUUAAUUUUUUCAACAUCUGUCAACGUCGGAGGGACAGGCCUCGGUCUGUGAAUGACUUACUGGAUGAGACCUCUUCUUUUAAGCCAGGCCAUGCCCGAUCUCGGUCAGAUACUACUCAUGUGGAGUGGGGAGUAGUCUUCAAAUCAACUCCUUUGCAGCAGCCAUCUGUUCAAGGCACUCAACCAGCAAAGUCACCUUUCUUAUCAUCAUCCCACCACAAAGGAAAGGAUGCUCAAGGAAAUACAGAACAUAGACAAACAUUCCCAAAUAUUCUGAAGAAGGGUUACCUUGAAAUUAGGAAAGAUCAUGACAGUUACUGGCAAAGCUGUUAUGCUGAACUUUCACCGUAUAAUCUGUACUUCUACUGUCUUGAUAACAGUGGCAAUCAGAACCUUUAUGCUACUUACCAGCUUUCACGCUUCCAGAACAUAUCGGUCCUGGGCAACCUUGAGACCAGAACGGUGGAUACAGUCCUGUCUGACAACACACAGCUACAACUGAAGGCAGACUCACCAUGGGAAGCCUUGGACUGGGGACAGAAACUUUGGGAGGUGGUGCAUGCUGCCAUGCCAACUUACAUGGGGCAACGCGAUGAACUGGAAAACUCAGCAGUGCUAGGACAUGAUGACUUUCUACAUACUCAGUGCUUACAGAAGUCCAGUGGGCUGCUCCAAUCAACUGCUUUCAUAGACUGCUCCAAACAGUACCAAAACAUCCUCAAGUCUGGGACACUUUAUAGACUCACUGUCCAAAAUAACUGGAAGGCUUUUACUUUUGUACUGAGUAAAGCCUAUCUCAUGGCUUUUCAGCCCGGUCGCCUAGAUGAGGAUCCCCUGCUGAGCUACAAUGUCGAUGUAUGCCUAGCUGUUCAGACUGACAGCCUGGAUGACUGUGACUCCUGUUUUCAAGUCAUCUUCCCACAAGAUGUCCUCCGCCUACGGGCUGAGACUCAGCAAAGGGCACAAGAAUGGAUGGAGGCCCUGAAAACAGCUGCCAAUGCAGCCAGGAGUUCAGGGCAAAACUUACAAGUCACCCUUAGAAACAAAUCUAGGGAUCAGAUGGGUGGGCAUGAUCUCAGGAAGAGCAAACGCCGGUCUGUGACUACCAGUUUCCUGAGUAUUCUCACAACCUUGUCCUUGGAAAGAGGUCUCACCGCUCAGAGUUUUAAGUGCGCAGGCUGUCAGCGAUCCAUAGGUCUGUCCAAUGGAAAAGCCAAGGUGUGCAGUUAUAGUGGAUGGUAUUACUGCAGUAGCUGUCAUGUGGAUGACCAUUUUCUUAUCCCAGCACGGAUAGUUCACAACUGGGAUAUUUCAAAAUAUAAGGUAUCUAAGCAAGCCAAAGAGUUUCUGGAGUAUGUGUAUGAGGAGCCGUUGAUUGACAUCCAACAGGAAAAUCCCAUGUUGUACAGACAUGUUGAACCACUGGCAACUGUUGUCCGUCUAAGGCAGCAACUGAAAUCUCUCCGAGCCUAUUUGUUCAGCUGCCGCGCUGCUGUAGCUGAGGAUCUUCGAAGAAGAAUUUUCCCCAGAGAAUACCUCCUUCAACAGAUCCAUCUGUACUCUCUUGCAGACCUACAGCAGGUAAUUGAAGGAAAGCUGGCCCCUUUCUUGGGAAAGGUCAUUAAAUUUGCCACCUCACAUGUGUACAGCUGCAGCCUGUGUAGCCAAAAGGGCUUCAUCUGCGAAAUCUGUAACAAUGGAGAGAUCCUUUACCCUUUUGAAGAUAUUUCAACAAGCAGAUGUGAGAGCUGUGGAGCAGUUUUCCACUCUGAAUGCAAAGUGAAGUCAGUCCCCUGCCCGAGGUGUGUCCGUCGAGAGCUGCAAAAGAAGCAGAAAUCCUUCUGGAGGAGACUAAAUAUGGAUGAGAGCCUAGAAGAGGCAUGCAGCAUGUUUGAGCUGUCUUACCAGAACACAUGACUGCCAGCCGCAGGCCCUGGGGGAGCACGAUCUGCUGGUUCACUAACAGGUGGUACAGCAGCUUCUGAACGAUCCAGACACAUACUGUGGGAGGGAGAUGUGUCUGUCCUUAAGCUAGAGAUACAGACACAUAUAUGUUUAUGUUUUCAUAUGUACGUAGGUACUGUCCAAAGGCCCUCGAAGCCUUUGUGGCUUGAAAAUUACCCCUAGCUGAUUACAUUUUGUCAGGAUUUUCAGCUGCUUCAUCUCAAGCAAGAUGUAGUGUACACAUGAUGCUUUUGAGGUCACAGACUUUUCUCUUUGGCCCUCCGGAGCCAUUUUAUUCUAUAGGCAGAAACAUUUUCUGCCUUGCUUAUUGUUUCAUUCUGGGGUUGUCAUUUAGUAAGCAACAACCAUGCUUCGGGUGAUUUUUGUGUUAUUUUUAGCCUUCACAGAAGCUGAAGCAAUUGCAACAAGUUAAUCCAUCAUCUGUUUCAUGGGAAAGUUUUCAGAAUACAGUGACUCCUCUUGGCUCCUUCCAGGACCCACUAUCACUGGCUGUGUCCCCUCAUCUCAGUUUCUGCCAUAGGAACUAUAAUCCCCCACCUGGUAUUUCACCUAAACAAAGUGGAAUAUCUUGGAAGCUGUGUGUGGGUGCUUAUUCUGAUAGCACUCAGCCUGAUUUCACCCAUGGAGCUAGUUCUGAUUUUUAAAUUACACUUAUAAAUCUUGCUUCCUGAUAAAAUACAAGAUUUCUAUGAAAAAUUGUAAUCAGACCAUUUGUUGAUAUAUAUCCCAGCAGCAUUCUCUUCAUGGGGUGGCCACAGGCUGUAUGUGCCAGAUUAUAUUCACAGCUAUUUUAAAUCAGAAAUGCCAUAGGAAAGCCCAGUGUCCUUUCAACAGGGGUGAUAUUUAUGGUUUUUAAUGGGGCUGGGCUCAGAAGAAAUUCUAUCAUUUUACCUAAACUGCAAUUAACAGACUGGCAAAUACAGUCUAUGAUGAUCCCACUCCAGGAGAAGAUGCCUUCACUGUCUUUGAAGGCAAAUCACUGUUAAUGCCUACAAAUUCUUCCCAACCACCUUCUGUCUUGGUUCCCAUCGCAAUUGUUUUGGGUCUAUAACCUACUGCUUAAUAUUAGCUCUGCUUUCAUGUUAUGUCAUUUUUUUAAGUUUCUCAGUCCGUCUUAUUUAUACUACUUGAGUUCUAAGAGUAUAAGAAUAAGUAAUAUUUAGUACUUUAAAAGGAAAAAAAGCUAGAAAACAUAUCCACUUUAAUAAAACCAUGAGUGCUAGAAUAAAUAGGAAGAGUAGUUCCUUUGCUACUGGGCAGGGUCGUGGUUUUCCCAGAGCAGUGUCCUUUUAAAGGCCACAGGUACUAUUGUCACUAGGACAGAAAUGUCAGGUGGGACAGCCCUGGAAACAUGAUUUGCUUUCAUUCCUUUCCAUUAAAAUAACUCUCGCCACAAUACUAAAGUGUUGAAAAUUAAAGGUGAAUUCCUAAUCGACUUGGGAGGUCCAUUUCAUUUCACUGCAGAUCAGAAGCCUUUGGCUUCUUUGUCAUUUGAUUAUUGCUGAGUUUUUAAAACUUCACCUCACUUUGUUUCACAAAGAACCCUCCCUGAUUACAUUCGUCCUCUCUUCCUCCCUUUCUCCAGAGCUCCGCACAUGUAUUUUUAUGUCACCCUCACACAAAGGAAUAACUAAGCUGACUGGUGCCGGCGGGCAGUUAUAUGUGAACGUUUCACUUCUGGACUCACACCGGUCCCCCAUAUUGCAGACCACACAUUUCAACUUAAGAGCUAACCACCAGGCGUUUCGUUUCUGAAUUAUACAGUAGCUGAAGUGCUGUAGCUGAGGCGUGAAAACUUGUUAGAAGGCCAGGCCUAUUCAUAAGAAGCCUUAUGGUGCCUUUUCCUCUUGGAAAAACAGGUUAUCUUCACCACCACCACUCUAUCCACCCUUCCUUUUCCCUCUCCUCCCCAACAUGGAUUACAUACAAAAGAAAAGGGGUGGCAAUUUUAAAAUAAGCAGUUGGCAGACAGGCAAACAAUCUGAUCUCCCCUCACCCCCCACGUUCCUGAAAUACAGUAUUUAUAUUUUCUAGCCUCAGAGAAGAUAGCAAAACAUGAUCUUUCACAAGAGAAUUAUAGACCUGCUUAUUAUAAAACAGAUGUGCUCCAAUGGCAAAGUGCCUUCCUCCCUCCACCCCCAGUUCCUUGUCACUGUAGCUUAUUUUUUGCCUUUGUUAUAAUUAAUGUAUCUGUGAUCUGGCUACGACUAAGCUUAGCCAUAGUGAGCUACAUUUGGAGACCUGAGGAGUAGGAUUGCUCUUCUCCUCCCCUGACAUACUCAAUCUCUGUACAGUCUUACCCAAUCUCAGAUCUUCCCAGGAGUAAAGACAUGAGUUUGGCCUCUCAGGCCUUGUGGCUUUGUUUCACAAGGUGCCCAUGAAGGUGGCCUUGAUAGACAGGAGUUCAGAUGAAACCCAUGAGAAAUCUGUCCACAUCCAUCACUUUAUGCAUGUUUCCAAAGGAAGACAUAGAAUUGAAAUUGCAGUCAUCCACCCGGAUCUGGAACAGUGGCCUUGCUGUUUUGGUCCUUUCCCGUCAUUGUGAAGCUUCCUCAAGGUCCAGUUUCAACAACCCUGGCUGACAGGCCUCAACUUAGCUUCUCUGUUUCCAUCCCAACAUCUGCUGGUGAUGAGGAUCACACACAUUUGAAUUUACAUAUGCAGUGAAAAGGCAAAGUUGCCGUUUAUACCCCAGAAUGCCUUAGAAGAGUCUAUGAUACUUUUUUUUUUUUUUUUACUGUUUUCAAGUCAAAUAAAUGGCUUUGUGCAGUGCAUUCAGCAUUUGCCCCUCCUGUUAGGAAACAGUCAGACUGGAUGCAAACCUCAUGGAUCACUACCUUCUUAAGGCCAAAUGAAUAUCCUGCUUUCCUGUGUGUCCUGUUUCUCAGCCUAGGUUGAAUGUCUUGCAUGUGAGGCAUAUAACAAAAUGGCCAAUUAAUCUCCUAGAGCUGGCAGCAGGUUCGAGGAACAUUUCUUCACUGACAAGGGCCAACCAAUUCCCUGGUGCAUCCCCUGAGGAAAUCACUUCUGUCGGUGCCAGAAACAUUGUAGGGUGUGAUAUUGUCCAAUCUUGAUGAAAUAUUGGCAAGUCAAACUGUGCAGCAAAGAAGCCAGUUCCUUAAAUAGACCUCAAUUUGCACCACUACAGGAAGGCCACAGAGCCCUUAAAAUCACUUAACUGAAAUGGAAGAAAUUUUCUUUUCGGGUCUAGUUUUCCCCCAAAGUUAAGAACAUUUCUACAGGACAAACCAAGCAAACUUCUGCUUCUCUGCCUUUUGGUGGGGCAACGUUAUAGUCAUUUUCACAUCCCCCAAGAUCGGGAGAGUAAUCUUCCUUUGGAAUAUUUGAUUAGCUACUAAAAAGCAAACAUUCCUUCACGUCGGGGAAAAGUUGCUAGGAAUAAAUUUCUGUGAUUUCUAAGAGAUCAAUUUUCCAAACUCUUCUUAGGAGGGAUUUUUCUUUCAUUUCUCCUCAGCUUCUGUAAAAAGCAGAAGCAUUUACAAAAAUACAGGACCCCUCUUCUAACCAAGCCACCUGCCGCAAGCCAGUUAAAGUUCAUAACUGAAAGCAAACCCUCUUUAGUUGCAUUUCUCUUUGUGCAUCUGUACUCAUUGUUGAACAUUGGUGCAACAUCAUUUCUUCUCCUCACCCCACCAACCCACCCAGAGGUUUGACUUCGGAUCUGUGUACAUUGUCUAGUCAUACAAAAGCAGAAUGAUGUGACUCAGCUGCAAAACGGAAACACUCUCAGUGGAAACUGGGCUCUGUUCUGCUCCUUCUCUAGAGUGCAGCCCAAAACAUUAUGGAUAUAUAUACUUGUACAGAACUAUUAGCUAUUAACUGUAGUUCUUUGAGAACUUUGCUGAAAUAACUAGCCUGUAACCACAACCUUGAACUUGCUUAUCCUGCUUCAGUCUAGGGUCUAUAAAUAACCCAGAGAUUAUCUUUUUUUAGUUAGCACAGUAAAAGGAGACAUAUGUAAUUCUCCAUCUUUUAUCGCUCUCUAGCUUUGUCUCUUGUUUCACCUUUUCCUAAAAUUAAAUUUAGAAGUAGAGGAUGUUGUGAACCACUGUAGGAAAAAGCUUUGGAAUAUUUGGCUCAAAAUUAAAUACCCAAAUUGAAUGUAAUUGAGGCUACUUUUUUAAAAUGCUGCUAUCUGUUUGUAACUUUGUUCUUGGGAUCUUAAUAUUUAUCCUUACUUGUCACUAUUGUCAUAAAGGAGAAAAUAGAUUAUUCAUUUAAGUCUCAGUCUUUUAUGUUCUUGGGAGAGAGUAUCUGACUGUUAACAGGUUAAAUCUAAUUACAGGUGAAUGAGCCUUGCUUGGUGCCCAUUUGGACAGGCAUGUGUUGGUUGUUCUCGUGUGGUACUUGGUUUUGACUUCGGUCUCAACACCUGGUCCUGUUCGUGCUAGAAAAUGUUCUAGGUUUUACUGGGUUCACAGAUCUUUGAGAUGAGGUUUUAAUUUGAAGUUGAUUUGUUUCCAUUUGGGGGAAGGCAUUGUUUUAAUGCAUACUAGAGUACUCUGUGAGACUCUAAGUUUAAUAAAAGGUGAUUUUAGACAGCCCAUCAGCAAUGAAUGCUAGAGGAAUGAAGAAGCAAUGGCAAGAACUGUUGACUUAUCAGUUGGUGGGUUUUGAUUUGUUUUCUCACUUUCAUUAUUCCAAAUCAUUGCUUAUUACAUGGCACAUCUCAUAAAGUGACCCCCCAACAUGAUGGAAAGUACUUUUAAAUAUAAAUAGGACACAGAAUUUGGGGUUUUGCAUUGUCCUUUCUUCAUGGGACUAGAAGCCCUUGAGGGCCUCUCUUUGUAGAAAGGUCUGGAUUGAAGCUGACUGUUGUCCAGUUGGGGCACUUUAGGCACCUAUGGAAGGGAACCCAUUAAGUAGAAACUCUUACCAGGCUGGAGAUGAUCUCUCAUUUUCGACUACCCUGCUGCAAACUAGUCUCUCUCCCUUUGUCUCCCUCACCCAUGGUCCUGGGCUCUGGCUCUGAUUCAGGCUUUUUGGCUAGGGAGCUAGUUAGUGAACAAGUGGGCCCUCGUGGCUCCUACUUUGAAUUUGCCUUCUGAUUUGUCUUUUCCUGUAGGAGUGCCUUAUAGUACUAUCUUGCAUCAUCAUUAAACAGUUUGUCUAAUCCACUUGAAACUCCACGAUAAGUCUGUUGCGCAUUCAGGAUCCUCAGCCUAAAACAAGAAUCAUUUUGCUUGUUCUCUCCUGGCUCGUAUGAGAUGUAUACGGGGCCGGCGUAUUCCAAGAUGCACGUCAAACCUUUCACCUUAGUUUAACUUGGUGCCUUAACUUCAAAGAACAAAGAGAAUUCUGUCAGGAAUGCUUUGCCAAGUUUGAACAGUACCAAUUCGAGCCCGUGAGGAUUAUUGGCCAUUUUACCAGGAAAUACAAAGGACUCAAUAAUUUAAACUUGAUGCUGUUUUUUAAUCACUCAUUUUUUUUUCCCUUUAAUUAACUAGACUCAGGGGAAUUCAAUGAUGACAUGAAGGCUUUGAACCAAUGGAUAGAAAUGAUGAGUAGCUAUUUAAAUUGGAACCAGUAAAAUAGUGAAAUUUGUAACAGAGGUUUGGGGGAUUAAUUUGGGCACAGGGAUCCUUUUCCUUUGUUGCCCAGGAACUUUCUUUUGAAUGUGCCACCCUGUCCAAAUAGAAAACCAGAAUCCUCUUGGGUGAAUAUCAUCCUUGCCAUGGAACACUGUGCUUUGUGUGGUAGAUCACCAGAAGUAGCUCCCUGGUUUUUCAACACCAUAGACCUAAGGCCAAAUUUUGGCUUUGACCAUAGGCAAAAGUCAUGGUUCAAACAGUUGAUCACCCACAACAAAAGGUCAUCAGUCUGUCCCUAUAAGGAAGAGUUGAGAGGAAGGAAGGACUGCUAAGAUCAUAGAGGUGUCCUGGGUCAAAGACUGAAGAGUAAAGAGGAAUUCUAUCAGAUGCAAUUCAUUCUUAUCUUCCUGGUUCAGGGUGAUGUAAUUGUUCCCUUAUUUCUGUGAGAGCUAGAUUCACUUUUCAAUUCAGAAUAAAGGAUUUUCAUUUUCAUAUCAUUGUUGCAUAUGUGGCAAGAAACUGUUUUUCAGUGUGCUAAUUUAUAUUUGGAUUUUUCUGUCUUUAAAGUUUUUUAUAUUGUUUUGUUUUUAUUUAACUUUUCACCACUGGGUUUACAUUGUAUUUUUUUUUCUGAAUGUAAUAAUGUCUAAGUGAAAUUGAAGUUGUAUUGUCGACAAGCACCUGGUUUUUAUGAUCAUUUGUAACCUAAUUUAAGUGCACCAGUCCCUAACGUGUAAAGGCGUCUCCUAAUUAAUAAACAAUAUGAAAAUAA